AUGCAACUUUGUGGUAGAAAAAGCUCCAAGGUUCACCUGCUCCAGGGUUUACCAAGCAGGAGGAGGAAGAGGAGGAGUAGCGCUCUGGCGGGGAGGAUUUUUCCACUACAAGACUCACAUGGCUCACUGAAAAGCUUACAAUGCAGCGCAAUACAUCUUUGCUUUACACUGCAGCCUCUUUGUUUUUGCUCUGCUUUGCUCCGAUUUGUUGCUCCGCUCAGAAUUUUGUGAAAGACAGACAGACUGAGAGGAGACGCAGCACAAUAAAGUUCUGUGAUCCUUCCUUAAGCAACCAGACAGCAGGUGGUGCCGCUCAGAAAUGCCUCCCGGGCUUCUACAGAGAGUGGACCGGAUCGCACAGGGGUCAGUGUGUGCCAUGUAGCUGCAACGGACUCUCCAAAGAGUGUGAUGAGCAAACAGGGAACUGUGUGAACUGUCAGUUCAACACAACCGGGGACCACUGUGAGCGUUGUAAAGAGGGUUACUAUGGAAACGCAGCCAAGAGGACCUGCCGGGCCUGUCCAUGCCCCUUUAUGCAGAACAAUUUUGCAUUGGCCUGUAUGGAUGUGGGCUCAGGAGUGGUUGAAUGUUUGUGCAGACGUGGUUACAGUGGAGCCAGAUGUGAGAGAUGUGCUUAUGGUUAUUAUGGGAAUCCACUGGUAAAUGGAGGCAACUGUAAGCCCUGCAACUGCAAGAACAGAGGCUUGAACAUUUGUGAUUCUCUCACUGGACAGUGCCUCCCAUCUGGUAACAGCAGCUCUGAUGAUCCCUGCCACAAACGUGGCAGCUGUACUUACACUUUGCUGGUGGACUUGGAGAAGAUGGACGGUGUUCUGGCUUGGAUGGGGCAGCAGCUGCAGAACAUCAGUCUUGGGCCUGCGUCACUCUCCAGCCUGAACAACCUAGAAGCUGACAUCUCUAAAACCAAGAUUCAGGUUGGGAGGUUCAGCACUGCUGUGAAACACCUGCAUCCAAAGGUUGAACAGCUGGAUGCAGACGUGGAUGUUGUCAGACCUGACCUGAGUGAGCUCACUGAUGAGACGCUGAAAACUACAUCAGACCUUGAGAAGGUUUUCCAGAAUGCAAAUGAGACAAAAUUAAAGGCAGAAGAUCUUCUCUCUGAAGCUGAAGCUCUUCUCACAGUAAUACGAGAAUUGAUAAAGCAGCUAACUGAGGUGAAACCUGGAGAUUCAGUGUCUCUCUCUGAAAAGCACAAAGGCAGAAUGAUGGAGGAGGCUCAGCGCAACAUGCAGAAAAUGAGAGAAAGAAACUGCAUUGCUCAGAGGGACAAAGCCGGCAGAGAACAGGGUAAGGUGCAGGAAUUGUUGGACUUCAUCAGGAACAUGACAGAUCCUGCAGAAACCAACCAGGCUGUCUUGAAUCAGACUGCAGACUCUGUGAUGGCCUCAGACUUUGCUCUGAGAGAUUUGGCUGAGCAGCUGUUAAAUGCAGAGGACACAGUUGACAGGACCCAAGGCCUUAACCUGAAAAGUCAGACUACCCUCCAGCAAGUGCAGAAUCUCCACGCUCAGCUGGAACAAGAGCAAAGCACGUUGCUUCCUGUGACUGAAAUGACUAAAGACCUACUAAAGAACAUUAGCGGUAUCUUUUCAGUGCUCGAGGAAAUUAAACAAGAAUUUGAGAAUGAGGCAGCCCAGGCGGAUGGUGCGAAGAGGGAACUCUUAAAGAAGUUAAACAACGUCUUCAUUAGUAUGGAUAAAGUGGAUGCUGUAGCCAAGGCUGAGGAGAAUGCAGAGGAGCUCAACAGACUGGCAACAGAAUUAGAACAAGUUCUUCAUAAUGCUACCAACAGCAGUGAGCUGCUUAAUGCCGUGGGUAUCGGAGCUUAUAACAGCAUCACUAACGCCAUAGAAAAGGCAGAGGUGGCAGCAAAUCAAUCCAGAGACACUGCUGAUGGAGCCUUAGAGGACACAAAGGAGGGAGGUCUGGUCAACAGGGCCGAUGGGCUCAAAGACAAUUCAACUCAUUUAUGGAGGGAAGCCAAUGACACUCAGAGCCACCUUAAAGUCCUCUCACAAACAGUGAACAGCCUCAAGGAUCGAGUGAAUAAGCAAAAGGAGAAAGGCGAAUCGAUGGAAGUGGACCUCUCAGCUGUUAGCGACCAAAUUAAACAGAUAAAAAGAGGUGACACUCAAGCCCUGAUAGAGUCGGUGAAAACUGCUGCCUCUGCUGUGAAUUCCACUGUCAGUAAUGUAGAAGACAGACUGAGAAACAUCAGCCAGGAACUGGAAGGAAUAAAAUUAACCAAUGUCAGUAAGAACACAGGAGAUAUCUGGACUGAUGCAGAUGAGGCCUUGAAGAACUUCAACAGAACAUUUCCUGUACUGAGUGAUAAACUCGCAGAAGUCGAGGCUCUCAGUGGGAAGACAUCUCCAAACAUGACAGAAAGCAUCAGAAGAAUCAAGGACAUUAUAGAAGAGACGAGAAACUUUGUUAACAGGCUCUCUAUUACGGCCACUUUUAAUGGAAAAGGUCACAUUGAGCUUCAUCCUCCGAGAAACCUGGAGGACAUUAAAGCUUUUACAUCUGUUGACUUGCUCCUCAAUCGCCAUGGCAACGACCCCUCCAAUACUGGUCAAAGACGAAAGCGACGCCAGAACAGACACAUCGCCAACCUGUUUGUUUUCUACCUGGGUAACAAGGAUGCUUCUGGAGACUACAUUGGGAUGGCUGUCAGAGACUCUGUGCUGGUUUGUGUCUAUAAGUUGGGUGGAGUCGUUCAUGAGGUGGAAACCAGCCCAAUAACAAUCACGAAUGCUAACUCCUCGCACUUCGACAGGGUGAUCUUCCACAGAGUUUACCAGGAUGCGGAAGUCAACAUCACUCAGAACUUCCUGUCACAGAAGAGCAUCAACCUGCCUCCUAAACGAAACCUUCCAGACACGAUGGCUGGCGUCCUCGGCCUGGAUCCAGACAGUGUUGUUUUCUACGUGGGCGGCUAUCCGGAGGGCUUUAUUCCCCCAGUGGAGCUGCGUUACCACCGAUACAGAGGAGCCAUGAAACUCUCCUACAUCAAUGACAAUCCUGUUUGUCUCUUCAACUACAAACAUGCAAUCAAUAUGGAUGCAAAGCAGCUUACUGUGAAGAUUCCUCAGUCGGAGGUGUCAGAUUUUUAUGAGGGAACUGGUUACCGGAUGGCUUUAAUAAAGGAACCGGCGAAGAAGAAGAAGCGACUAAUCAAGUUCCACACCAACAGCAGAGAGACAAACGCCUUGUUAUUCUACAUUGGAAAUGAAGAUUCUUUUGUCUGUUUGUUCCUGGAGAGAGGCUUCCUGGUGCUUCAGGGACGACAAGCAGAUCGAGACUUAAGCGUUCAGACUUCUGAAAGAGUGUCUCUGUUUAACAAACAGUUUGCAAUCAGUAUCGCAAACGCAUUUGUGGUGCACUGCGGGACAACAACCAUCUCCACCGAUCACAUUGACGCAAACUACAGAAGUUAUUACAUCGGAGGUCUUCCAGCAGAGCUCAGACAGAGACACAACAUCACAGCUGCUCCGCUCAGAGGAUGUGUGGAUCAUCUGACAGAAGAUGCAGAAAUCGUUGCGUACAGCAGGACGAUUGGUGUCAGUGAUGGAUGUCCAGUUUCCUUACUGGGUGUUCGUGCAGCUACGUUGAAUUCAACCCUGUCAGGUGAUUCUCUGUUUGUCUGGAACGAACAGCCGCUCAGAGUCUCUCUUGGCUUCAGGAGCACCGACAGACAAGGUGUUCUCCUCCAGAGCAGCUAUCAGGGCUCCUCUUUGGUCCGUGACCUCCAGCUGUCCCUGGCUGACGGCUUUGUAGUGUUUAACUGUUAUAAUUAUACCCUGAAGUCACAUAAAAGAUACAGUGAUGGAGCCUGGCACUACUUAUCUGCAGUGGGGAGGCCAACUGGAUUGGAGCUCAGCAUCGAUAAUGAAGAUGUGAUUCCGGGGAAAUCACCCGUCACUGGGAGACAAGAGGGAAUUUUUAAAGGCUGUAUUGCUAAUCUUUACACAAGGCCUGAGCACAGCUUCGUACCCGCUGAUCUGAGUGCAUUAUCACAAACAGGAAACGUGGAGCUCGGCCAGUGCAGUCUCCACCCCCCACCAGACAGUGAGCUUUUACCAGCACCGGUGCUGAAAAAGCCCCAGAAACGCAAACCUACUCAGGCUCCUGCAGGCAGUCAUUGUGGUCAGCAGCAAACUCGGUGUGAAUACCAGCUUUCUGAAGAACACAGCUGGAUCAGCUACGAUCUGCCACUGCAGGACCUGAACUACAGGCCUCACUUCUCUCUUGACAUCAAGACCAACUCCUCCAAAGGCUUGAUCUUCCAUGUAGCUGGAAGAGGAGUCGUCCCCCUGCUGGCUCUCUACAUGGCCAACGGCAAGAUCAAGAUGUCGCUCGGACAAAACCGAAUCAUCCAGCACAAGGAGAGGAGCAACGACGGAGACUGGCACAGAGUUGAGCUCAGUGUGGAGAAAAGCUCUUUUCAUCUGCUGGUUGAUGGGAUCAGAGUGACUGACGGUAACUUAUCCAAUGACGAAGGUUCAGCUUUAGACCUGCUCAACCCCGUUUAUCUGGGAGGUGAUCCAACAAGCAGAGCCACUAAAGGACACAAUAUUCCCAUGAAGAGUCUAAUCAGCUGUGUUCGGGAUUUCAGAAUGAAUGAUGUGGUUGUCGGUGAACCUGAGGCCAGUAACAAAAUCUUACCCUGCUAAUAAAAUGCUUCGAAUGAGUCAUUAGUUGUAAAGAAAAAAAAAAAAAAAAAAAAAAAAGCAAUUAUAGCCUCAUUUGUAAAAUCCUAGAAAUGUAACUAUGAAUGAGAGAAUCUCCGCGUCUGAUUUUUUUGCUUUCCCUGAGAAUCAUUCACAUUUUGGCAGACGUGGUUGUUGUAAAUGUGUAGUAGAUGACUAUAAAUGGAUAGCUUGCUAUAUUGCUGUUGCUAUAAAUUGAGGGUAAAUCACUAUAUAUCAGUAAUAGAUGACUAUAAAUUAGUAAUGCAUUAAAUGUUUUUUACUCAGUAAUUAAUUAAUUUUGAGUACUAUAAAUAUGUAAUUAAUUCAAUUUCUGUAAAUGACUAAGAGAUAGCUACUAUUAUGUAAUUCAUUACUAUUAAUGCAUGAUAAAUUACUAUAUAUCAGUUAUAGAUCACUUUACAUAAAUAAUAAAAUACUGUAAUCGUGCUAUGUAUCACUACAAAGGAGUAACAGAGAGACUAAAUGUGUACAAGGCUAAUUUAGAUGAGUUAUGGAUUACUCUAAAAGUAUAAUAAAACAUUAAAUAUUUUAAUUCAGUAAAUUCAUCAAAAAAUAUGGUAGACAACUUAACAUGAGUAAUAGAUUACUUUGGAAGUAACAGAUAAAUGAGCAUUUCAUUAAUCAGCUAUACUCACUUUAUCCUGCAGAGGGUUGUGCUGGGCUGAAGUUUAUCCAGUUGACUCCGGAAGAGAAGCAAGUUACACCCUGGACAGGUCGAAAUGAGAAAUAUAAUACAAUUAAAAAGUGAUAAAUUAUCUUUUAAAAAGUAA